AUGAAAACGACUGCUAAAUUCAUGCUUGAAACGUCACUUACCAGCGACGACGAAGAUUUUGAUGAUGCUGAUAACAUCGAACCAGCAGGUGAAGGAAUCUUCAAUUUUAAAUCUAAGCUGAAACCAAUUUCGAGACCUUUUGGAGAUCAAGACGAAGAAGAAGAAGAGCAAGAGGAAAAUGACGAAGUAGAAGAAGAAUAUAGUGACCCAGAGAAACGAAGGGACGAUGCAGACUAUGGAAGCGAAGUAGAAGAGAAUGAUGAGGGUGAACAAGGCGAACUUGAAGGAGACAAAGAAGAAGGGGACGACGAAUUGGAUGAAUCAAAAUCAAGUACUUCGAAGAACAACAAAAAAUUAAAGAAACUAACCAGCGAAGAGCUAGAAAAGGAACAAAAACGAAUCAAACGGACAGGCGUAUGUUAUUUGUCCAGAAUUCCACCAUAUAUGAAGCCUUCAAAGUUGAGGUCAGUGUUAUCAAGAUUUGGUGCCAUAGAUCGAUUGUUCUUGAAGCCCGAAGAUUCAGCCAUAUACCACAAGAGAGUUAAAUAUGGAGGAAAUAAAAAGAAGAACUUUACAGAGGGUUGGGUUGAGUUUGUGAAUAAGAAAGAUGCCAAAUUGUGUGCGUCCACUUUGAAUGGAAAUAAGUUGGGAGGCAAAAAGACUUCGUAUUAUUAUGAUGACAUUAUCAAUAUAAAAUACUUAUCCGGGUUUAAAUGGCUAGAUUUGACUCAACAGAUUGCCAAAGAAAACGAAGUCAGACAGGCUAAAUUGGCACUAGAGUUAUCUCACCAACAGAAGCUUAACAAAUCAUUCAUAAACAACGUUGAAAAAUCGAAGAUGAUCACAAAUAUUCAAAAAAAGAGAAAGCAAAAACUGGAUCUGAAGAAUGAUAAUCCAGCCGAAGAUGAAAUAAGAAGGAACUUUAAGCAAAGAAGAGUAACUAGCACUAGAAGCGAAGCUAGUGAACAAUUGAAAGAAAAGGCCAGGCCAGACGACAAAUUAAGCAGUAUACUUUCAAAUGUAUUCUGA